AGGCACUAAAUCCACCAGGUAACGGGGUUGGUGCAGGGCCAUGACCACCCCAUCUCUCGAAUCUCUCUCCCCCACUCCGCCGGACUACGAACCCUGUUGGGAGGUCGAACAUUAAAACUGCUUAGUUCGACAGAUGCAGGUACGAGGGAAGGCAUGGAGAGAGGAAGAUGGAAUCGUCAAGUCAAGGAGGAGAUGCAGAGCGGUUGGCGUCUCACUCUGUUUCUUUGCUGCAUAUGGAUUGUUACUAUUCUAUAUGGGGAACUAAUCGCCUACUGGUUGCCUCUUUGGGCUUGCUCUUGGCCGGCAAUUGGCGACCUUCCCAAUCCUGACAAUCUGGUACAUGUCGCCGUUCUUGCUGACCCACAGCUUACAGAUCGAACAUCACAUGGCCUUUCUCCAAAAUCCGGUGCUUUCAAGGCAAUCAAAUUCUACACUGAUCUGUACAUGCUAAGGGCGUUCCAGAAAUCUGUGCUCCCUUUUAAGCCUCAGAUAAUCAUAUUCCUGGGAGAUCACUUUGAUGGUGGACCUUAUUUGACAGAUAGAGAGUGGCAUGAUUCAUUAAUGUGCUUUAAGCACAUUUUUUUGGCUGGAGCGAGAAACUAUGGAAUUGAUGUUCAUUAUCUGUCAGGAAACCAUGAUAUUGGUUACUCUGGCUUCCAUUCUUUGAAUCCGAAGGUCAUCAGUCGUUAUGAAGAGGGUUUUGGGCAGAGAAAUUAUCAUUUUAAUGUUGGACAGGUGGAUUUUGUUGCUAUCGAUGCACAAACACUUGACGGUCCUUUAGAAGGGAAAGAAACUUUAUCUACAUGGGAUUUUAUUAAAAAUAUAUCGAAAGAUGAUCGAUUUCAGGCAAGAGUUUUAUUAACACAUAUCCCCCUGUAUCGACCUGAUGGAACCCCUUGUGGUAAACAUCGGUCAUCCCCAAUCAUUAAUCAGAGAAUUACUUUUGCUGAAGCUGGUCGAGGAUUAAAGUACCAGAAUUAUCUUUCUGAGACAGCAUCAACCUACUUACUAGAUCUUCUUAAACCUAACCUUGUACUGUCAGGUCAUGAUCAUGACCAGUGUACUGUGACCCACACGGCUAAACAUGGACCUGUCAGAGAGCAUACAGUUGGGACUGUGAGUUGGCAGCAAGGAAACCUAUAUCCUUCCUUCAUGCUGUUGUCUUUGCACUCCAUGCCUUCUCCAAAUGUGUCCAACUCUGAGGAUUUUGUGUCUACCCAAUUGUGUUUCCUUCCAAAGCAAACCCACAUUUAUAUCUGGUACAUUAUCCUCUUUGUAGUGACUCUCUUUCUGCUCGCUAUAUGGCCCAAGAAUGGUUUCCAAAGUUGGCAUUGCUAUACUAAUGCUGUUGCACUGACCACAAGUGUAGCAGCGGCCAACUAUAAAGCUGCAGCGAAAGAAAAGGAUGAAGAUAGAAACCGUGAAUAUGAUAUGACAUGGGAUGCAGAAGAUUCAAUGCAUAUCAUGAAGAAAUCCAUAAAGCAGAGCCCUUCCACACCUGCAGAUAAUGUGAAAGCCUCUGCCAAAUCUGCUAUAGUCAUGCGAUCAACAGCAAAAAAGCAGAACAUUCUUGAGAAACAACCAUAUUUUCACUUAGAAGAAAACUCGAACUUGCUACAAUUAGAUGAGCAUCCGCAGGUGCAAGGACAUGCUAGAUAUAAAUCAAAGAUUGGGAUGCUACGAAUCAGGUUUAUUUUUAAAUCUGUCCUGUUCGUUGCAGCUGUAAAUGUCCCACUUUAUAUGAUGCUGCUUUUCAAGGACUGGAUGGAUGCAUGACUGCAUGUAAUGCUGCCAACUAAGAUAGUGAUGGAUGAUGCUUUUUCAAACAAUCAGAUUAACAUGAUAACCAAUCUUCAUCCAUCCUCUCCUUUAUGUGUUUUCAGCAAUCGUGAUCCACUUUGUAUAUCAUCUUCAAUUUAAGAAUCCUUAGAUUUAA